AUGGAAGAAACCACUUUUGAAGUUGACACUGGCAAAGGGUUUAACCUUAGUGCCGCACUUUGCUUAAAAUCUAAUGCACCUUGUGAGAGUAUCGUAAUUGUGUGUCACGGCUUUUUAAACACACGACUUUCAGAAACCGUUCGUACCGUGGUUGAGAGAAUUCCAUAUCACACAUUAUCCUUUGAUUUUCAAGGAAACGGAUUAAGUGAAGGGACAACAGCUUACGGGAAUUAUGAAGUAGAAGUUGAAGAUGUUCGGUGUAUAGUUUCAUAUGUUCGAGAGAAACUCGGACGCAAAGUAUUAUGCAUCUGUGGUCAUAGUAAAGGAGCGGUAGUGACGCUUUUAUACGCGUCAAAAUACUCUGAUGUUCCAUUAAUUAUAAAUAUUUCAGCUCGAUACGACAAUACACCCCGCUUUAAACUGGAACAACUUGAGGAAUUAAAAACAAAGGGAUCUUUUGUUUUGUUUAAACGCCGUAAAAAAGAUUAUGUCAUUCGACAAGAAGAUAUGAAUGCGAGAUUAAGUUUAGAUAUGUCAGUUGUAAAGAAUAUUGAUAAACGAAAAGUAAGAGUGUUGACAGUUCAUGGAUCUAAGGAUGAAAUCUGUCCUUUAGAAGGAUCAUACACUUAUGAUUUGUUAAUUGGUCCCAAACCAUAUCAUAAUUUAAUGAUCAUUCAAGGUGCUGGUCAUCUUUAUAAAGAUGUGAAACAUAAGACUAUUUUGGUUGAUAAAAUAACAGCUUGGAUGAAAGAAUUUGAACCUUGGUCAAACAAGCUUUAA